UUGUUACUGGACACUAAUCUGCACCCCGUUAUUGGACCUCUUGUCGGCAAAUUUCUGGAGCCAACACUGCAUUUAACCAGAUCUGAUGGAAGUGCCUUCUUCCAGCUUGGGACACCAGCUAAUCAGUGUAUCAUUAUGGUGCCGAUAUUAGGCUGAAAUGUUUGAUUUGUCUACUCUAGAACCAGAACCAACCAUCUCAGAAUUCUUAAAAGUCAGUCUCAAAGUCAAAAAGCAUUCCCACCCACAACACAUACAUUGAAUCAAAUCUCAGGAGGAUGAUGCUUUUGCAUUAUUUUUCCUGUUAUCAUUUAGAAUAACAAAGAUGACUGCUUUCCUGGUAUGCAAAUUAUAAAUGUUGCAUUUAAUGAACCUGAGGAAGUAAGCAGUAUCUAUUUCAAAUAUUACACCAACAAGAGAAUCAUAUCAACAAAUAAAUCUUCAAUUCGACUGGACAGAAAGUAAAUACUGUAUUCCACAUGCUAUAAAACGACAAAGGAUUGAAGUACAGACACUGUGAUGCAUACUUUUCCCUUUCCCAGAAUAGAUAACAUCUGUCACGUCAUGGUGCUCCUGAUCAUUCUGGGGACAUUUAAUGCAGUGACAGUAUCAACAUUGGACAAUAGGGUAUUCCUGAGAUUUUCUACAAUACAGACAAAAGAUACGAAAACAACCCCCACUUUAAUCCCAACAAACACGACACAACCACACACUACACCAACUAAUCACGAAGAAAGAUUCAGCAAUGAAACUACAAAUACAGUUGUAUCUGACAUUCAGAAAGACCCUACUGUGUCAUCUGGUGGCCAAGAUUUCAUAACCAAGCAGCAGUUUAUCAAAGCAAUUGCAUGUGCUUCUUCUGCAUUCUUCAUUUUACUUCUUAUCGAGAUCAGCAGUUGUUGCAGGAAAAAAGUCAACAAUACCAACAACCAGUUGAUAGAUUGGCCACAAACUACGAAUGUCAGCGAUGAAAUAUCCUUUUGCAAUGUAUCAUGGAGUAGAAACAAGGCCCGACAACAGGCGAAUAAUGAUAUCGGCCUGUACAGGAUCACACAACUUGUUCACAAUCAGGAAAGUACUACAGCAACGCAAACAUUUCAUCAGGCAGAAGAUGACACUGCAUUCUACGAUGAAAUAGGUGAGGAUUUGGAGGCAACAUGCCAGAUGGGACCAAUUGGAAAUGUCAGAUAUGUCGACUGUGAUGUGGACAACGAUGGCUACCUGGAAAUCAUAGCCUGAAUCUGCAAUGUCAUGUAGAAUGAUGUACAGAUUCUUCAGGGGCAAAUUCAGAGUAAGAGAAGACAUUGGACUUUAUUGAAAUAUAAUAUAUAAAAUAAACAUACUGAUUAAACAGCGAUCUAUAUGAAGCCAUGAAAUUGGAACAUAUAUCUACAAUUUUUUAAACAAAGAGCCAUAAAAUUUAUACAGGCCUAUAAUGUAAGAUACUUAAUACACAGAUGAAUAAGGUUCCAAUAAUUUUAUGAUUUGUGUUUAAUAUAUUAUGCUGUAACAAAAUAUUGUAACAUUUAGUAUUUGUAUGCCAUUUUCAAUUUUUAUUAAAGGAUAGCGACGGAAAAACUGGGGUAUGGGGAUGUCCCCACUGUUCCCCUCUCUCCACCCCUGCUGUACUGACAUAGACUUCGAUUAAGUCAUAAAACUAGCCUACACUCCAAAUCGCAAAAUGUAUCCUGCAAUAGCAAUCUAUAGUAUAUUCACCAUAAGUCACUAAAACCUGUUAAAAUAUUAUAUAUUAUUUUGGUCAUGUGUCUAUAUGAAAAAAUCAACCAAUAUAAAUACUUUUAAGCAAACACUAAAGUCAUAUCUCAUGGAUGCUGUACUGGCCCUCUUAAUCUAAAAUGCUGCUUUUUACAAUUUAUUAGAAGAACAAAAUCAGUCCACUGGACGACAAUUUUGGCUUCAAAAUAACUUACCAAAUGUAGUCCACAUAAGGCAAAAUCAGUCUGCCUAAUUAGUAGAUAUAACCUAUGAAAUUUUACUGUUAUUCAUAUUUUUUACAAAAUAGUAUAUAUCAAAUGAUACAUAAAAUAGCUCAUCUUUUAUAUAUAUUAUGUGUUCAUUCAUUCAGUAUGCAAUUGAGUAUUUACAGCCACCAAAAUUUAUGAAUAGUUAUGAUGUUAUUUUCGCUUAUCCAAGAGAGACUGGUUUUGACAGAUAAAGUCGAUCCGGUGGACCGAUUUUAGCGGCCAGAAGUAGUUCAGUGGGCCUUUGUGGGCUGGACCAAGUUUGGCAAUGAAACCUGACACUCAGUAUGACAGCAUCAGAGUUCUUCUCAAGUUCUACAGAACUUUCCAUAGUUGAACUCCAGAGAUUUCCAUCAGGGCUUCCCACUCAAUUGGCUAGAUUUGUUCCUGGACUAUAUUCAGACUGUGAAACCCAGAAAUAAGUACCGAUUUUUAAUCUUCAACUCUAAAAUUCUGCAUCCCAGCAAAACACAAAACUUUGUAAAGUUGUCUAGCGCCCUCUAAAAUGACUACUUUCACAACAGGAAACAAUUCUCAGACCUCAGAUCUCUCAAAACAGUACAGCAUUAACAAAUUUGAUAUUGUCUCUAUAUAUGUAUUUUCAGCAACAAUUCAUUUAAUUGUUUGCAUAAUACUUCUUGCUGUCAGCUAUUGUGCUUAUUAGUCUAAAUGUCGAGGCUACAUACCUCUCUUUUUGUCUCAAUCAAAUUGAAUAAAUAAAUAAAUUUUCAUUUAUUAAAGAUGAA